UCAAACUCCCGAAUUUUAUCGGAUGUUCCGAAGGGACAUUUAACCCCUGACUCUGAUACAAUGUCUUAUAUCGAUUGAUCAUAAAAAUAUGAAAAGAUCCCAAGAACGAGUGACAUAGGAGUAUUAAUUAUUUUUUCUUUAAACAAUCAAUUGAUUUUACCAUUCAUAGGAAACAAAAUCCGGCCUAUUGGGUCAUGGGACAAUUCCAAAUCCCUAGAAUCGAUGCGGCUCCCUUCUGUGAAGCGGAUUCAAAUGAUAUUUACUGUCUCCCAAUUUGAUGUUAAAGGGCCAGUGGCGAACGCGCUAAAAACAUAAAUUUUGAUGGGCAAUAACUGUGUCUUGCAAUCUGUUUCGGCCGCUGUCUGGCGAGACCGCCCUCCGGCCGGCAGGCUUCCUCGGCCGGAUGUCACCUCCACGGAUAGAACUCCGGCAAAUGCAGCUCCUGAUUCCUCCAAAGUUUCCACUGCUCCUGAGGGUCCUGACCCUUCAGGUGCGGGUCAGAGUAGACGACCUGAAACGAUGGAGAUUGCCGAUGUCGAAUCCAAACCAUGGGAGCCUGAAAAGCCUCCCGCUGAUGCAGCGAAAGCUGACAAAUUCAUUCACGUUAAAAGAGCGUCCAGUGCUGGACGUCAAAUUGAAUCGGUGUUAGGAAGAAAAACUCAAAACUUGAAGGAUGUGUAUCUGGGGAGGAAGCUAGGACAAGGGCAAUUUGGGACGACAUUCUUUUGUACAGAGAAGACAACUGGAAAAGAGUUCGCUUGUAAAACGAUCGCCAAGAGAAAAUUGACAACUCUUGAGGACGUGGAAGAUGUUAGAAGGGAGAUUCAGAUAAUGCGCCAUUUGGUUGGUCACCCCAAUGUGAUACAAAUAGUCGGUGUAUACGAGGACGCCGUUGCCGUAAAUCUUGUUAUGGAAUUUUGUUCUGGUGGGGAGCUUUUUGACAGGAUCAUACAGAGAGGACACUACACUGAGAGGAAGGCUGCUGAGCUCGCAAGGGUAAUACUCCGUUUACUCCGUGUUGUGGAGGCCUGCCAUUCUUUGGGUGUCAUGCAUCGGGACUUGAAGCCAGAGAAUUUUCUGUUCUCCGGCCAGGAAGAAGAUUCAUUUCUCAAGACAAUAGAUUUUGGGCUUUCUGUGUUCUUCCAACCUGGUCAAUCAUUCACCGAUGUAGUUGGCAGCCCAUAUUAUGUGGCCCCUGAAGUUGUGCUGAAGCACUAUAGUCAAGAAUGUGAUGUUUGGAGUGCUGGGGUGAUCAUUUAUAUAUUACUAUGUGGAGUUCCGCCAUUUUGGGAUGAGACUGAGGAAGGAAUUUUUGAGCAAAUUUUGAGAGGAGAACCUGACUUUAUCUCUGAACCAUGGCCUAGCAUAUCUGAAAGUGCAAAGGACCGUAGAAUGCUAAUAAAGGACCCUAAAAAUAGGAUGACAGCACAUGAAGUUCUUUGCCACCCUUGGGUUCAAGUUGACAGUGUUGCUUCUGACAAACCUCUUGAUUCUGCUGUUUUAUCUCGUUUGAAAAAAUUUUCUGCUAUGAACAAGCUUAAGAAGAUGGUCAUUCGAGUAAUUGUUGAAAGUCUGUCUGAGGAGGAAAUUGGAGGGCUGAAAGAAAUGUUCAAGAUGAUAGAUGCAGACAAUAGCGGACACAUUACUCUAGAGGAACUGAAAAAUGGAUUGGAGAGAGCGGGUGCCAAUCUCAAGGAACCUGAAAUUGCCAGCUUGUUGCAAGCGGCAGACAUUGAUAACAGUGGUACCAUCGACUAUGGUGAAUUCUUAGCAGCCAUGCUUAAUGCAAACAAGGUUCACAGGGAGGAACAUCUAUUUUCAGCUUUCAACUACUUUGACAAAGAUGGGAGUGGGUACAUUGCACGAGAUGAACUUGAACACGCCUGCGAACAGUUUGGUCUGCUAGAUGUUCAACUAGAUGACAUGAUAAAAGAAGUUGACCGGGAUAAUGUAAUUUAUUAUGUUUUACUAGUUCACAUCUUUUCUCAUGGACCUCAAUAUCAGUGUGCUACAUAAAUAGAGGAUCCUCCAUAUAUAUUUGUUGUAGAUCUCUGGCUUUGCAAUUUUAUGUCUCUCUCACACGAUGCACGCAGACUUUAUGCAUGCCAUUUCUCUGAAAAAGUGAUGUCUUAUUGAAUGAUAAAAAAUGUUCAUAUGCUGUGUGAGGGAAAUUGAGACU